AUGGUCGUUGGGUUCUCGAUUGUGAUCUUGGUUCUCGUUGGGUCUCUAAUUUGCUUCAUAGCGGCGGUAAGAAAGCCGUCAACGCAGAGGGUGUCGACAACGAUGAUAGCAUCGGACGCCGCUGCUAUGGCCGACGCAAUUGCCUUGAUGUGGGUGGAAGAAGAGAACGAGCUAGAGACGAAGGUGAAGAAGAUGAAUGAAAUGCAAGUUGAAUGUGAGAUGCAGAUUUCAGGAAAGUUAACAGCUCCAAGUGAUAUAUCAGAAUGGAAAGAUUCUGAUACAGAUAACUGGAUUAGAUUUGGUUCCAUUAAUGGGCUAACAAUCACUGGAUCAGGACCUGCCCGGUUAGAUGGACGUGGUUCUUACUGGUGGGAUUGCAAAAAUAAUGAAAAGUGCUCCAGUGUGCCCAAUACAUUGUUUUUUGACAAUAUAAUUGGUCUAAGUGUGACUGGUUUGAAAUUCAUUGACAGCCCAAAUAUAAACUUUGUGAUUCAAGACUCUAGUUGGGUUUACGUGUCACAAUUAAUUGGAAGCUUAGGGGAUCCAGGUGAGUACUCAAAAGCUGUAGUUGAAGAGAUUCAUGUCUCCAAUUGUGAGUUUAUUGGGACAAUGAAUGGGGCAAGGACAAAGACAUGGCAGGGUGGAUCAGGUUUUGCUAGAGAGAUCACAUUUGAGAACCAGACUAUGUCUUCGGUUGAUAAUCCUAUUGUCAUUGAUCAGUACUACUGUAAUGGUAAAACUGAUUGCAAGAACCAAACAUCGGCUGUUGAAGUAAGCAAAGUUUUGUUGAGAGGGAUAAAAGGGAAUUCCACAAGAGAAGUCACCAUUGAGCUUGCAUGUAGUGAGACUGUUCCUUGCACAGGCAUCUAUUUGAAGGAUAUUGAUUUGAGAAGAACUGAUCCAAGAUACAAGACAACUUCUUAUUGUGAUUCUGUUCAUGGAAACGCAAUUUCUGUAGAACCAUUUGUACAAUGCCUAGCAUAG